CAUCCUGGACAGGUUCCUGAGGAAGAUGGCGUCCAGCGAAAACGAUACUCAGAAAGACAUGACUGGACCAGAAAAUCAAGGUUCUGAAGAUGUUGAAUCUCAGAAAGAUGGUAGACAUGAAGAGCAAGCAAUAGAACAAGAAAAGCAACAGGCAUCUGAACAAAAUUCAGAAGAAACACAAGAAAAAGCAGAGAAAACAGCAACCAGUAAUGAAGCAGCAGAGAAAUCUACUGACAAUGAAGAGCAGGAGCCACAAACAUUAUAUGUGGCAAUCCAACCAGGUGCCAACAUGGACUCUCCUCAAGUGGAACAACCAGCUGUCUAUGUUGAGGUGGUAGAAGCUGGAAAUGGUACUGAGAUUGGUAGCAAUGAAGAGCAAGUUGUCCAGGAAGGAAUGGUUAUUGAGCAGACACCUAACUCUGAUGCAGCCAACAUACCAACAUCCAUGAUGUCCCAAGUCAUAGACCAAGCAGCUCUCUCUACAAUGCAAGCUGAAAUGAUUGCAGUCCAAGUACUCUCUCAGUCGGCAUCAGGGGAUAUCCAGUAUCUUCAACAACAGACACCACAGCAGUUUAUACCUAUAGUCUCUGGUGCUGAUGCCAGCACACUCUCUACUUUACAAGCAGCACUGGGACAGGUGCCGUUAUCUGCCCUUCAGAUUGCUACCACCACACAGUCAGGUGUGAUGUCACAUACUAUCACCCUACCAAAUGGACAGACCAUCCAGGUACCCAUCUCACACUUAUCAGCUGUGACCUCAACCAAUUCUGACAUGUCCACUGCAGUUACUUCUCUCAUAACCAGCAACACAGAUGCCAUUAUUGCGGCUGCAGCCGCAGGAGAAGCUGCAGGAGAAGCAGCUGGUCAUAGUGGCCUUGGAACAGUUGCUGCUUCAGAUAUUAGUGAGGUAGAAAGCCAUCAACCUGCGGAAGGUGAAGUAGCAGAGGGACAAGAAGGGGGUGAAGGAGAGGGAGAAGGUGAUGAUGAGAAUAAGCCCAAGUAUACAUGUGAUAUAUGUGGUAAAUCCUACAUCCGUUCAUGGUCCUAUUACAGCCACAUGAGAGAGCAUGCCUCAGGUGAAAAGCAGCACAAAUGUGAGGUCUGCGGCAAAGUCUUCAAUUAUGCAAGCAACUUGCGACAACACAUGCUCAUUCAUACAGGAGAGAAGCCGUAUGAAUGUGAAUACUGUGAUAAAGCAUUUAACAACCCAAGUUCAUUACGAUCUCAUGUUCUAUCCCAUUCGGAAGACAGACCAUUUAUCUGUGAUCAUGACACAUGUGAAAAAGCCUUUAAUAAUCCAGGGUCUUUGAGGGUCCAUAGGCGUGUCCACCAAGAAGAGAAGCCCCAUGCUUGCACCCAUGAAGGCUGUGACAAAGCCUUUAAGACUGCUGCAGAACUAUCACGGCAUACUUUCCGUCACACUGGAGAGAAGCCCCACAAGUGUGAUAAGUGUGAGAAAGCUUUCAUAAGAUAUGAUGACUUGAAGCGCCAUUACCGUAUACACACUGGAGAGAAGCCCUUCAAGUGUGACCAAUGUGAUUUUGCCUGCAUCCAAUCCUUUGAUCUUGUCAAGCAUAAGUUCACCCACAGUGGUGACAAGCCAUAUAAAUGUGAGCUAUGUACUAAGCAGUUUACAAGGCCUGCUAGGCUGAGGGACCAUAUGAGAACACAUACUGGUGAGAAACCCUACGAGUGUGAUGUGUGUGGCAAGUCUUUUGCUAUACAGACUGGACUCAAGUCUCACCAGGCUGUCCACACGGGAGACAAGCCAUUCAAGUGUGAUCAAUGUGAGAAGACAUUCCGUACCAUGGCGGAACUGCAGUCCCACAUGGGAAGGCACACUGGUAUCAAACCCUUCAAGUGUGAGAUGUGCGAUAAGGACUUCAUCUCUGCCAUCACCUUCAAGAGACACACCAUUGUGCACUCAGGUGAAAAGCCCUUCGAGUGUCCUGAAUGUGGUCGUCGUUUUGCUCGUUCUACUGAUCUGAAGGUCCAUCUACCCGUCCACAGUGAUGACAAACCAUACAAGUGUGGGGAGUGCGAUAAAAUGUUUACAAGGUUUAGCACCCUCAAAGAACAUAUACGAACACACACAGGGGAACGACCCUUCAAGUGUGAAGAGUGUGGUCGUGAGUUUAACCAUCGUAGUCAUUUUAAUAACCACCUUCGCAUACAUACCGGUGAAAAGCCCUUCAAAUGCGAUACCUGCGACAAGGAUUUCUCGCGCAAAGCAAGUUUGAGGUACCACAUGAAGGUUCAUUCCAAAAAUCGCGAACGUGCUCCAAGGUCUAAAAAGUCCAGCGAAGAAGAAGAAGAAGGAAUGGAAGAACAGAUGAGCACUGUUAAUGCCAGCCAUAUUAACCCAGACGCUGAAGUGCAGCUAGCAGAAGCUUUAGUAGCUGUUAGCGAGUCUAUGAUUGGCUCUGACGUUGGCAUGGAGACGGCACACGUCGUUGCCGUGGAAACAAGUGGUCAGGAAACCGAUGAACAGGUCUUGAGUGGUAAUGCAAAUACCCAACACGUGGUAGACCCAGUGACCCAGGCCGCAGUGAAUGCUGGUAUAUCUGAUAGCGAUGUGGCUGAGGUGCUGGUCCAGUCAGCUGGCAAUGCAAAUCACCAGUUGACUAGCCAAGGUUUAGCCAAUCAAAUCAUUGAGGUCACGACCUCAGCCCACCCAGGACAAGACGAGGCCAGCCAUGCACAACUCGUAGUAGAUGCCUUAUCUCAGGGUGCAAUCGAUUCUAGUCAAGUGGCUAUCAUGCAUAUCCCCCAGGAGGGGGUUACAGUGACCGGUGAUGGCAUUGAGACUAUGAGUAUGACUGUAUCAGCAGAGAUCUUGGCUGCUAUGGCAGCGGCUCAGUCGGGACAGACGUCCAUGAUUAUGACAACCACCGGCGAUCAUUCUCAACAGCAAUCUGUUACCAUAACGACCCAGGCAAUGCAAGCUCUACAAAGUCAUCUGGCAGGGGAGAGAAGCGAGUCCAGUGAAGAAUCAACUGUUUCAAUUCAGGGGAUGCAACUUGAGGAGGUACGACCGGAAGACGUAGGGGGAGGGGGUGAAAAAAAUAACGAGAAUGAAACAACAGCCAACCAAGAGCAACAUAUACAGGAGGAAGCCAUGGUUACUGAAUAAAAAAGAUGAACUCAACGAAACGUAACGUAGCUAAGAAUAAAGAGGCUCGUAGGAUGCCUGCUGUAUCUCCAUGGCAACAACAUCCACAUAUUGUUUCAGCUGUUUUCAAUCACUGACAAAUCCAGUUUGGCGGACGCCAUCUUUCAUUAUCAGACUCUGAAGCGAAAAGGAGUCAAUGGAUCAUUUGUCUUUGUUAUUGAAAAUGGCUGUAGCUAUCUUCCAUGAUCAAACAAUACUAAUCAAGUGUGUAAAUACUACUCUUGAAAACACUCUGAGUAUUGUAAUCUUUCAUGAAAGUGUGUGUUAAAUUCAUAACGUUUGUUCCUCGGAACUUAUUAUCCCUGAUACAGCUAUUUCGACUAAGUCAGUGAAGGUUUUGUUGCAAGUUGUAUAUCGACUCUGGACUGCACUAUAGGCGAUGUGAAUACAAUCAGUGAAAGGUCAAACGAUAUAAAUUUUGUCUCGACGUUUUUCUGGCAAAAAGCAACAUGCAUGAAAACCUUCACCAACCUUUUUUUUUGAAAUAACUAUAUCAGUACCCAUACAUACAUUUAUUCUUCUUCUAUUCAUAUGCUUUAGGGAGCAAUUAUCAUUUAUAGGGUUUUUUAAUAGCCAAUGUGAACAAGCACGAAACUUGAUGGGAAACCGAGUACUUAUGGUUUUUAAGCUCCUCUAAAAUUCCUCUGAAAAUUUUUCCUUCGACAUUUUCUAUGAAGCAGUAUUUCAACAGACGAAGAUAAAAAAGUAAUUCUUUUCUGAUAAUUUUAUUGAUUUCUGUUCUAAUUUGUGUAGUACUCGGUUUUGUGCUAGAGAUUCAAGCUCGUGCACAUUCCCUAUUCACAGUAAGUUUAAUGUGUGACUGGAAAUUCAAAAUGCACGAUCAUGGUCAAAAAGAUCAAUAUGAAUCAAAAUAUACGAAAUUUCUCUCAGAUGCAAACAGAAUACAAAUGUUAUCACGUGACAUGGGAUUGGAUUAUUCUAGUACCCAGACCCUUCUCAGCGAAAAUUUGAAUUUGAUGAUAUAUGUACUUCAUGGCUGAGUUUUUCGUUAGAAAGCUGAGAAGGGCUUGUACGAGAAUGGAUUUGAUCUAUAUGGCCUUUUACAUGUAAGACCAUCAAUUACAUUCGCAAUGGACGUUUUUCUUGUACUAAUAGUGCUACUGUGAGGAUGCUUACUUUAUAAUUUCAUCGAUAUCGUUAAUCCGUAUCAACAUAUUUGUGUGCGUGAUAUGUCUUGUUUUAAAAUAAGAGUGAUAAAGUUAAAAUAUUUGAAUGAAUAACAAAAUGUUUAUCUGUGUUAAACUCGACUUUCAUAAUGUAUUUUUAGAUAAAAUUAAAUGACAUUCUUGUCAACAAAAUUGUUAACGUCUUUAUUUUCUGUUCAAACCUGGAUCAAAGUAUUUUAGUGUAAACCUACUAAUGAUUAUGGUCUAUCACGAAUUCUGCGCUUUGUUUGGCUCAGCUACUAUUCCUGUAGUGUUAUAUAAGAUCUUAUAUUACUAUCUAGUACUAAUGAUGUCAUUAAAAAUAUUAAUUUGUUUACUUAUAAACAAUAUUCAUAACAAAGGGAAUGCCCUCUCGACUGCCUGAAACAGACCCUUUGCAUUGAUUUCCUAGAGGAAUCGUUGUGGGGACAAAACAAUAGGGCGUCUUUCUCUUUUGUUAAAAAAAAUCUAUCCGGUUUUGUCCCCCAGAACAAUUGCUCUCGGGACUCACUGUCAGGGGCUAUACAACUCUACAAAAAAAAAAAAA